CACUCAGCAAAAGUCUAACCCACAUAAAAUUAUUUCUCAAAACUCAGCCGCCCAGAUCAAGAAACAACAAUGCAAGUCUCACUGGUUCAAGUCUCUUCAGUGUCCUACUUCAGAUCUCAAUCAACGAUUCCUACUCUCUCCAACUCCAACCCCUCUUGUUUCCUUCUGCCAAAGUCCAUCUUUCCUGGGUCCAAGUUAACCCUCCAUCGAUUUUUUCGUUAUCCCAAGAAAAUCUCAAAUGGGUCUGCUCGUGCUUCUCUGCUUGAGACCCCUGUCUUAUGGGCUGGUCGGAUUUGUGUCUUCUACGCUCUCGUGAAAGCUGGUUUUGCUGGAUCCAAGUCUAACCCUAUCGUUUCUGGUUUGGAAAGUGGUGGUGUUGAUGUUGAAGAUGAUGGUGCUGAUCUUGGUUUCUCAAAGUGGCUUCAGAACAUUAAGGGCAACAAACCAGAUAAGGAUGCAGCUGAUAAGAGGAAGCUAGUGAGCAAAUGGCACCCGACGACAAAGGGAACACUUAGAAGGAACUACAGGAUACCUUCCAAAGGCGAAGGAAAUCGUUUGCUUAAAGCCAUUGCGUCUCUUCUCUCAGAUGAUGAUCAUUUUAGAGAUGCAACAUCUCACAAGGGCUGUCAAAUUCGGCGGGAGAGUGCGCAUGGUCAAAGCGUAUGUUGCAACAAUGUGAGAGCUCUGUUUGAUGAGUUACCAACGCCACAUUUGGUGGUGGAGAUCACACCUUUUCCAGCCGGGCCGCUUACAGAGAAUGAUUACCUUAAGGCCGAAAAGCUGGAAAGGAUUCUUAGGUCAGGCCCCAACAUUUGAACCCUCUGGCACUUUAGAGAAAGUGUUCUACUAUAUGUCAAAAUCUAGAAUCUGUACAUACUCUACGGUGUCUUUAUUAUGUAGACGUUCAAAUGUUUUGACUCUAUGAAAGUGUUCCUUUCUUGUGAAGCAUAUAUUAUUAAAAAUCGUUCUUAGGU